AUGGCUUAUAAUAAUUAUAAUUAUCGACAUAAUUCAAUUGGUGGAAAUUGGCAUCUACCUCCACCACAACCACAACAACCACUUCAACAACAAGGACAUGUACAAGGACAAAAUGGACAACAACUUAAUACUGAUAUGCUAACACCCGAACAGACAUUUCUACAACAGCAACAAGCUUACAAACAAAUAUCAAACCAACAACAAACACCUGGGUUUCGAAAUCCGUGGUUUUCCAUGAAUCCCCCGAGUAAUUCAAAUACCACUUCACCAUCUUCAGCUAAUUCGCAAUCACCAACAAAAUCUCAAACAAUUCCUUUAUUACAACAACAUCAACCACCACUUUUAAAUAAAAGACUAUCGUUUACAAAUCAAUUACCUACAACUUAUGAAAAUGAAAACACGACUAAUAUUGAUCAGAAUAAUAAUUCAAGUCUGUCAUCAUCAAAUCACAAUAAUCCUCAAUUAUCACCUUAUGUUCAUCCUCCUACUCGUGCAGACAAUCCAUUUAAUCAAUAUUUUGCAAAUCAAGAAGUUUCUCUCGGAGGUUCAGAUAGAAGAAUGUCCGCAGCUAUUGAUGGUACAUAUUAUAGUGACAAUAAUGUACCGCCUCAUAACAAUUCAUACGGGCUCAACCAGCAACAAGGAGGUGUGAUUGGUAAAGGCUACCCUAAUCAGUCGGACAUAACUAAGUCAGGUAUCGCUCCAGGAUUUACACAAUAUAUAAAUAAUAUGCCACCCACAAUGCCCGGAAUGAGUAAUAGAAGAUCAUCACUAGCAGUUUUACCAAACCAUUACUUGCAACAACAACAACAACAACAACAAUUGCAACAACCAGGGACAUACUUUGCACCAGCCAAAUCUGGUAGAUCACCUUCAAUUAUACAGUAUCAACAAUACCAACAAGCAUUACAAAAUCAAAAAAUCGCGAAGACUAGAAAGCCAGCUCCGAAAGCAAGAAAAAUUUAUAAUAAAUUGGACUUAACACCAAAAAUUCAUCAACAACCGAAAUACAGAAGAUGUUCCGUGAAUUCGAUACAUAUAUCACCAGUCAAUGCAUUAUCAGUUUAUUUAACGGAAUCAUAUAGUAUAUGUCAACCAAGAAAAUUUCAAUAUUCAAAAUCAACUAAUCCAAAAAGAGUUCUUACGAAACCACUGGAUCCAAAAUUCAACAAUGGAUUUGAUAAUGAGGAGAGUGAUUAUAUUUUGUACGUUAAUGAUAUUUUGGGAAGUGAGGAAGGUAGGAAGUACAUGGUAUUAGAUUUGUUGGGAUCUGGUACAUUUGGACAAGUAGUAAAAUGUCAGAAUUUAACAAAUCAAACAGUUUGCGCGGUAAAAGUCAUAAAAUCUAAACCAGCUUAUAUGAAUCAAUCUUUGACUGAAGUAAGGUUGUUAGAAUUUUUGAAUAAGAAUAGUGAUGGAAAAAAUUUUAUAAGGUUGUUAGACACCUUCAUGCACAAAGAACAUUUAUGUCUAGUAUUUGAAUUAUUAGCAUCGAAUUUAUAUGAAUUGAUAAAACAGAAUCAAUUUCAAGGUUUGAAUAUGAAAUUGGUGAAACUUUUGACAAAACAACUAUUGGAAGCCUUGGUUGAACUAAAAAAUUUCCAAAUGAUUCAUUGUGACUUGAAACCCGAGAACAUUUUAUUAUGUCAACCAGACAAACCUAACAUAAAAGUUAUUGAUUUUGGUUCGGCAUGUUUUACACGACAGACUAUUUAUACAUAUAUACAGUCAAGAUUUUACAGGUCCCCAGAAGUCAUACUAGGAUUACCAUAUACAGAGUCAAUUGAUAUGUGGUCUUUUGGAUGUAUAGUUGGUGAGUUCUUUUUAGGCUUACCAAUGUUUCCGGGUACAUCUGAGUAUAAUCAAAUAUGGAAAAUAGUUGAUAUGUUAGGUCCACCACCAAGACAUAUGAUUGAAGUAGGUAGAAAUGCAUCAAAUUUUUUCAAAAAAAUUCCACCACUAACUAGCGCCAACCCAGAUGACAAACCAAAAUAUACCAUUAAAUCAUACGAUGAAUAUUGUGAAUUUAUUGAUUCGAAACGAGAUUCAUCUAAUAAUAAUUCAAAUUCAAGUUCAUCGCAUCACAACAGUCAUCAUCAUGUGAAGAAAGAACAACCAAAUAAAAAUUAUUUCAAACAUAAAUUGUUGAAGGAUAUAAUUUUGAAUUACAAAUUACCAAGUAAGAAGAUGACAAAUUUAAUGAUUGAAAAGGAGUGUCAAGAAAGACUUUUAUUAAUUGAUUUCUUAUCGAAAGUUUUGAAUUUAAAUCCUUUGGAAAGAUUAACACCCCAAGAAGCUUUAAAGCAUCCGUUUAUUCAUGAUGUCAAAAGUCUUGAAAUUUCAACUUGA